UGCAUAGGUUUGUGGGUUGCUUUAUUCCUGCCAGUUUUUAUGCUAGAAAUGCCGGUCUGUGAUUAUGGAGACCAAACUCCUACCCAUUUCACCUGUUUCUAGGGUAACUGGAAAUCUUGAGCAGUGUUUUGGCUACAAGUGGCUUUUAUACACUAGAAAAAAUCUGUUGUUUGAAAGAAAUGUCACCUAUUCUAUCUUUCAAAAGAACAUGGAUAUGGCUGCAGUUAAUGAACAGGAAACCCACCUGUGCAGCAACUGCAAAAAGGAUAUUCCUGUAGCUAACUUCACCAUCCAUGAAAUCCACUGUAGUAGAAAUAUUGGAGUGUGUCAUUUCUGCAAGGAGUCUCUCCCUAAAUCUGAAAUAAAAAACCACAUUGAAUCUGAACAUGUGCAGGUUACCUGUAAGUGUAAUAUGAAGAUGGAAAAAUGCCACUUAGAGGAUCAUGAGGCAUCAGCAUGCCCUCUGCGUCCUGCAAUUUGCCAACAUUGUGAAAUAGAGCUUGCAUUCAAUAAACUUCAGGACCACGAGGAUUACUGUGGAACUAGGACUGAAACAUGUAAUGAGUGUGGUCGCAACGUAAUGGUGAAAGAUCUGAAAGAGCACCCUGAAGUUUGUGGCAAGGAGGUGGAAGAAAGAAGAGUUAGCCAAGCAAUGUCACGUUAUAACUAUAAAGAUGAGGCUGCAAAUCUGUGUACCUAUCAAAGCAUCCGAAAUCUUCUGAGUUCAGACAGCUAUGCUGAGCCUCUGCAGAGGAUGUCCGAGCCACUGGAAGGCCAAUUUUAUAGCAGUUUUGGAGGAGAUCAGGCUUCUAAGAAUAUUAACAGAAGAAAUGCAUCAGCAAUGCAGAGAGAUCAGAACCAAGUCAAACUCUUCUGUGAUUGUCUUAAAGAGGAUGAGCUGGAACGGCUGGAGAGGAAUAAAAACACUGAGUCCUCUCUAUAUGGAGAACAGAAUUCCAAUUUGGACUAUAUGUUAGCCCUUAGCCUGCAACGUGAGAAUAAUCCCUACAACAAUAUUGCAGCUGAAAUUCACAGUGACUUCUGGAAGAACUUCAACUCCAAAGAAUCCAAGCCAUCUGAGCAUCUUAAUGAAAUAAACAAAUCAGAUAUUUUAUCCUAUGACCUUUCAUCUAUUAACACUUCGGAUCAGCUAAAAAAUGAUGAUAUCAUGUUGCCAUGUGAAUUUUGUGAGGCACUCUACCCUGAAGAAGACCUGAUUCUCCAUCAGACAGGCUGUAAUCCAGCAAGCGCCUUUGCUUCGUUCAGUAAAAGAGGUUCCUCCCCAAGUCAACAACAGGAAUACAAUAGACAUGCUAAAGAUUUCUUAGACCAACUGCACAGCAGCAGAUCUACAUAUCCACUGCAGCAGCAAACUGUACAGACUGAAGGGAGCAUUAUCAUUCCAUGUGAAUUCUGUGGCAUUCAGUUAGAAGAGGAAAUACUCUUCCACCACCAGGACCAGUGUGACUUACGCCCAGCCACUGCCAGCCCAGGGGAGGGAUUGGCAUCCUUGCAAUCGUUGCCUCCCAAAGACAACUUGGAGAAAGCAGAAUUGCCAGAAUUUAGAAGACGCAUCCGGCAUCAAGGGGAAAUUUCACCUCAGUAUCUAGAAGACUUCAGGGAGCAGAGCCUUGCCCAUGCUGUACAAGGGAGCCAAUCACUAAGCAACCUGGCAGUUGCCAGAAGCGUACCAUUGACCUCUUUUAGUGCUGCAAGAGCUAAUGAUGCUCUGACUCAAAAAGGGAAAUCCAGCAACUUAGAUGGUAAUGACGGAAGACUGAGAAGCAGAGGCACAGCUGAAUCUGGAACAGGCCCCAGGCCAGUUGUGCGAUCCACUCAAAACUUCCACCCUGAAAGCUGUGUGCCUAGUCUCCCAAGGGUGUCUCCGACACGACCAAGUGUGAGAAACGAAGCAGGCAGGAGUCCUAGGACUGCAAAUGUUCCUGUCAAUUUCAGGAACAGGAGCACAAAGGUAAGUUUUCCAGUGCUCUUCCCCAUACUGGAUGGCCUCUCUUCUGCGUUUCAGUGGCUAAAACGUUUAGUUUAUUUUUACUAUCUUUUGAGCAGACAGCAUUAAGCACGAGCUUGACUCCCUGUGGAACUCUAACAUGCAACACAGGUACUUACUAGUGACUCACUCACUGCUGGCUGCCUGUUGUCCUCAAUCUCACCUGAAUUAGCAGAAAGGGUGGCUCUUCGCCAAUAUACGAUUGCUAGGUGUUUGCAGGAGUCUGAACUAUUCUACUUGGUGCACUGUCCUUUGCUCCUUGAUCAAGUCUGAAUGAGGCAGGUGGAGCUUGUUGUGAUUCAACUUGUCUGUUUUAAAAUGACAUGUAUGUUUCAUUUUACUGUUUCCUCCUUACACAGGCAAAAUCCCAGAAACCAGAGUCUGGCCAUCUUGAGGAAGAAUAAUCUAUCCUUUACGAAGCGCAUAUUUAGCACUUGAAGCUCUCUUACUAUGCACUAUAGUACUUAUUUAUCCCAGCGCAAGUACUUGCUAUAUUGCCACCAUCAACGGGGACUUUCUAUUAAUUUUAAAUUUUUUAGGCAGUGAUUUUCUAUAAUUGUUUUUUUUUAAAAAGUUUGUGGGAGUAAUGCAUACUAUAGUUGCUGUACAGAAAUGUCAAAGUGUAAAUUUUAUAUUGCUGCUAUUUGGGUGGUCCAAACUGGCAUUAUCCUAAGUCAGUCAGUACUCAGAGGACCAAUCUAUUUUUAUCUCAUCUGCUUGUUUGUUUCGAGAGGAGUUUCCUUUUAAUGUGCUAGGCCUUGGCCCAGCAGGGUGCAGCAGAAGUAAUCCAUUACUUCCUCAUUGAAGUAAAUGAAUAGAUGUCAUCUGAGCAACAACCCUGUUAAUCAAACCCAAAACAAUCGGCCAGAACUACUCUGGAUGAAGAACCUGCCAUAGUAAGUUACUGUAGAGUUCAGUACUUGUCUGACUUGUUCAGAGUCAGACUCCUCAGAGGUGGGUUGCAGAACAUAGUUCUCUGUAAUGAACAGUUGAUCUUAAUAAUUAUCUUCACUGAGGUUUGGGAUCAGGGGAUGAGUUCAGUGGCUUGGCUUUAAACCUAUUCCCACUUCAGCCAUUUAGCUUGCUGCUGUUAGCAAUAAUUCUGCAUUAACUAUCUAUUUCUACAGUCAAGACUUUUCCCUAAACCUUCUGUCUGGUCAGACCUGGUUUGGGAAUCAGGUGGGGAAGGUCAUACAUAUUGUAACUUACAGUGGUUCUGUCUUCCUAUCUAUAAGUCUAUGAAAUACCAGAAGUGCCCAGUAUUCCUAAAGGCAUCUACAGAGGGAUUGUGAUCCACAGUGCGAGAGCUUCAGGGCUUCCAUUCUCUCAAAACUGCUCUUUUGCUGUACUGGAGCCCUUACUUUUUAAAUUCCUUGUAAUAAAAUUUGUAUCUACC